AUGAAGAAGACUGUUUUCCUUCUAUCCAAGGGGAUGACAACCAUUCCGACAGAUAAAGGGGACAUGCGGGCCAACGGGCGGGUGGCCGAUUGUGUAAAUAGAAGGUCCGAUGCCACAUCAGAUGAGUUGCAACAACUGGUGGAGAGCCUGUUCGGAGAAAAACUGAGAAACAUUGUUGCAAUUCCAAGGUUCACCUUCAUGAAGGCGGACCGCAACAAAGUCUACCAGCCGAAUAUACCUCCAGGCACGAUAUAUGAUGGUGAGACACUUUUCCACCUUGCUGGAAAAGGAAAUGUUUACCUAAUGGCAAGCGAGAGAAUUCAGGAUGGCUUUGAUGAGAAGCUGUAUUGUUUGGAUGAAGAGUCUUCAGAUGACAACGAACUAACAACACCAGCCAUACCGAUCAUAACUGCAACUACAUCAUUGGAGCCGUCGGAGCCUUUAUUGCCUGUAAUAUCCCACCCUCGUAUUCAGAUGGGCACCCCACACAUUCCUGCUGUCUCAAUUAUACAGGCAGAGAGUGAGAUUGUACAUGUGGAGGAUGGCUGCAUUGAAACUGCGGAAGACGUCCAGCUAUUGGAAGACGGAAUUCCAGUAAACAUUCCUGUUCCCUCAGUACGGCUGCGACGAAGGCAGAUAUGGUAUCGAUUAUUACAACCGUGGAUGACAUAA